GGACACGAUUUGAAAAUGCGUGAGAUGAUGAUUGCGAAGCGAUAUCACCGAGUAUAUCACAAAAUCAAACGUGGUAAAAAACGGCAUGCACGGGAAAUAGAAGUACUGAAAGAGAAGAAAGCGAAACUGAGUAAUCAAGAAUAA